AUGGCACUUCGGAACUAUUUAUAUGCCAAACACGACGAAGCUAAUGCUGCUAUAAACACCAAGAUCAACAAAUCCACCCUGCUUAACCUGCAAGCUGCUGGCACAAGCGCACAAGUGGAGUCAAACGCAACUCCAGAGAAACCUAUCCUUCCACCGACAAGACUCGUGUCCGAGAUGAACACCGCCACGCAAAAGCUGCAAGAGAUUGAUCUUGUUGAUUUUAAAAUAUCAAAAUGCACCAGGCUGUGCAGCACCUGCAAAUGCAAAUUGGAUCCCGUCAAGGGGCUGGAAAGCCAGCAGCCGAUUAACGUUAAGCCUGGAUUGAAUGUCGAGCUUGCUCAUGAUGAGAUUGAUUUCACCAAUUCGAUAUAA